AUGUCAUGGGGCCAGGGGGGCCAUAGUGGGUUCGGCGUUAGCGGGCACUGGCUACCCGCCCAGGUCGACAGGGAGGAAACGGCGCUGGGCGCCAGCAGCCAUAGCGGCGAAGGGGGCCAAGGCUGCGCAUCGGCGGGCCGCGGCAGGGCCGCCGCGGGACGGAAACGGCAACGGGCGGCGCGUGCGCGCGCGCACACGGCGGGGGCAGCAGCAGCGAGGCGGAGCCAAAGCGGCGCGCGGCGGAGCAAGGCCACGGUAGAGCGGGGCGAGGGGAGCUGGGGGCGAGGCCACGCACGGGGGGCGGGCGAUGCGGGGCGCGUGCGCGCGCGGCGCAGGGCACCAGCGAGGAGGGUGGCCGGAGUAGGGCAUGUGCGGGGCGUGGCUGGCGUGCAGGUGACGCGGCGCGAGGCACGACCGACGAGCAGAGGCGCGCGGGCCUGCGCGAGCGCGCGGUCGGGGGAGAGCCGCGGUCGCCGUGGUGGUGGGGCUAGCAGACCGCGACGGGAGCGCGGGCCUGCGCGAGCGCGCGGUAGGGGGAGAGCCGCGGUCGGCGUGGUGGCGGGGCUAGCAGACCGCGACGGGAGCGCAGGCGGCGAUCGCGGGCCCGGUCGGAGUGGGUCGAGGCGGAGGCGGGCGCAGCGUGUGCGGGACGAGGGGAAGCUCGCGGGGGCCGUAGGGAAAAGGCAGCGGUGCGUGGGAUGGACGAUGGGGACGAGGCGACGACGGAGAGGACGGCGAGGCGGCGUCAUGGUCGACGACGAGGUGGCCGAGGCGGAGGCGCUCCGGGUGGCGGUGGAGGUGCACGGCGUCGGGAAGCCCCGGCCGACAACGGCGCUCGGGGCGGCGAUGCCCAGAUCGGGGCGAAGGGAGGAGUGGAUCAGGUUGGGGGGAGAGUGGGAAACGUGGGGGUAG